CAGGCGGCUGCCAUGACACAGUGGAUGCUGCACGGGAUCACUUCAGCACCAUCAUUGCACAGUGCAUCCACAUCCUCAUUCUUAUCCCCCACUUGUGCUCAUUUUUCUCCACCCCCCUUUCUUACCGCUACCCUUUCUCCCCUGUUAUCGUCUCUCAGCCACCUUGCAGAAGACCUUCACUUCCCAUCAGGAAUAUAGCAGCAAGGAAGCAGUCGAUCUGCAAUUACGUUCAUUUGGCCCCUCCUCUACUCUUCAACUUCUCCUCCGCCAUCCAUUUUCAUUUGCUUUCCACAUUCCGGCAUCCUGAAGCUUCUCCCCUCAAGCUUAUUAUCCAUCUCCAUCUGCUCACUACCACCUUUUCCCAUUUCCCCCUGGCCUGCUGGUUACCCAGGAUGCCUUGUUCCAGGCCCCUUCGCUAGGCCCUAGCAGCAUGGGCGGAGCCUGGGCGGGAAGCGAGAGAACGGAUCGGACCCUUCCCCUCAGGACGGGCACGCUGGCGGGUCACCCUCCUUCAGCUUCAGAUGGGCGAGGACGCUGAGAGCCCCAAGAUCAACCACACCUUCCUACGAGACUAUGUCACUGAAGCUGAUGUCAUCUCCACGGUGGAGUUCAACCAGACAGGGGACCUACUGGCCACGGGGGACAAAGGAGGCCGAGUGGUCAUCUUCCAGAGAGAAACAGAGUCUAAAGGGGAGUCCGAGGAGGUGUUGGAGAUCGGGGACUCAGGGGAGUAUAAUGUAUACAGCACCUUCCAGAGCCACGAGCCAGAUUUUGACUACCUGAAGAGUCUGGAGAUUGAAGAAAAAAUCAACAAGAUUAAAUGGCUGUCACAACAGAAUGCUGCUCAUUUUCUCCUUUCCACCAAUGAUAAGACCAUUAAACUGUGGAAGGUGAGUGAAAGAGACAAGAGACCAGAGGGCUAUAACCUGAAAGAUGAGGAGGGCCGGCUCAAGGACAUCUCCACCAUCACCUCCCUGCAGGUGCCGAUACUGAAACCCACAGAUUUGAUGGUGGAGGUCCGCCCCAGACGAGUGUUCUCCAACGGUCACACCUACCAUGUCAACUCCAUUUCAGUCAACAGUGACGGGGAGACGUACCUGUCAGCUGAUGACCUCCGUAUCAAUAUGUGGCAUCUGGGCAUCACUGACCGCAGCUUCAACAUUGUGGACAUAAAGCCAACCAACAUGGAGGAUCUUACAGAGGUAAUCACGGCAGCAGAGUUCCACCCGCAACACUGUCACCUGUUUGUGUACAGCAGUAGCAAGGGCACCCUGCGCCUCUGCGACAUGAGAUCCUCUGCCCUUUGUGACAAACACACAAAACUAUUUGAAGAACCUGAAGAUCCAGGGAGCCGCUCCUUCUUUUCCGAAAUCAUCUCCUCUGUGUCAGAUGUCAAGUUCAGCCACAGUGGGCGCUAUCUUCUGACCAGAGACUACCUCACUGCCAAGGUGUGGGACUUGAACAUGGACAAAGGCCCUGUGGAGACAUAUCAGGUCCAUGAAUAUCUAAGGAGUAAGCUGUGCUCACUCUACGAGAACGACUGCAUCUUUGAUAAAUUUGAGUGUGUUUGGAACAGUUCAGACAGUGUAAUCAUGACCGGCGCAUACAACAGCUUCUUCCAGAUGUUUGACAGAGAGACGGGCCGGGGUGUGACCCUCGAGGCCUGGCGAGAGAGCAGCAAGCCACGGGCUGUGUUACGUACCCGUCGGGUUUACACCGGAGGAAAACGUCGCCGAGGAGAUGUCGGCGUUGAUAGCUUGGACUUCAGCAAAAAGAUCCUUCACAUGGCUUGGCAUCCAUCAGAGAACAUCAUCGCUAUAGCAGCCACCAACAACCUGUACAUUUUCCAGGAUCGUGUCAACCCGGAAACACAGUGACACAGAUGGGGGACUAAAUGAACAAUGGACAAAGAUGUCUGUGUGCAGAAGUUGUCACACGUGCACACUGAGACUUGAGGAAUAUCCAACGAACGGUGACAUUUAUUUGAUCCUCUAUAAAUUGUGUGUCUCCUACACCUCCCAUACACUUUUUCUAAUAGAGGUGCAGGGACAUCUCUCCAUCUGCAAUGACCAUGAAAUGUUGACUCCUCACUGAUGUGCUCUAAAAGUCUUUAACAAGUGUGCUGGGUAGCACCACAGAACGAUUGUUUGAUACUACAAAAUGACAGCUAAGUUGUGGUCUUCACUUACCACAAUCGUGGUGGUGGUGAUCUUGUAUGAUGACCACAAUAACCGAAAUUUAUUUAUUAUCUUUUUUUUUUUCCUUUGGUCACAAUUGCAGCAGAAUUUCUCUCCAUUUUGAGCAGCGCUCUUGGAGAUUGCAUGCAAAAAGUGACCCGUUAUCUUGUCCACUUUGCAAUAAUAGCAAUUCAAAACAGCGCGGCAGUAUUUCUGCUUUAAAAUCAUGAGCUCUUCUGCAGGUAACAAAUGUAUACACUUUUUACUGUAUGCUGUAAAUAGCCAGUGUUAUUUUUUACGCCGCUUUUGUUUCUAGAGUGCUAAACGUAUAAAAUAGAUUGUUAAAUACACUACAAGUGAACAUGAACCACAUUUAUUGACGCAACUCACUAAUCCAAAAUAUUUGAUGCAAUAGCUUUGGUAUAUAUUUAUGUGUUGCUGGUUAGACAGAGAGAGGUAUUACGCACAAAUCAACAAUUGAAUUUAUUGUACAUAAUUGCCAUGUUGGGCUUGUCUUGACUUUUAGAUUGCUGCUAUUCUCGUCGUGGAAAAAAAAAAGUUACAAGGACACAGAUCAAACACGCCAACAUUAAGC